ACAACGGUUGCUUGCAAAGUUUGCGGCGACCGAUCCUAUGGCAAACAUUACGGAGUUUACUGUUGCGACGGUUGCUCGUGUUUCUUUAAACGAUCAGUGCGCCGUGGUGCCCUCUUUACUUGCAUAGCUGGCAUUGGAGCAUGCUUCAUCGAUAAAGCGAGACGUAAUUGGUGUCCAUAUUGUCGCCUGAAGAAGUGCUUUACCGUUGGCAUGAACACGGCAGCCGUUCAAGAAGAGAGAGGGCCACGCGUUCGAACCAAGAUCGCAGCCGUCGCUCGCGAUUUCUUUCGCAUUUCGUCGUCACCACCGACGCCACUGCCACCACCGGUAUCUCUUUCCUCGUCGGAACCAGGAAUCGCAACGCCCAUUUUAACAACAAAGAAUAUAAUGAUGCGAUACCACACGAGCAACGUUAACGUCAAUACCGCCGGAAUCUCUUCUUCAUCGACCAGACAAAUCUAUUCUCCUCCUCGAUCUCCUAAGAUUCUUUCUACCGGAGAUACGAUACGAUAUGAAAUCGCGGCUCGGAUAUUCUUCGCGACUGUCCUAGCUGCUCGACAACAUCGAGAAUUUUCUAUGCUCGAUCUGGAGGAACAGAAUAAAAUUCUUCGAAGAGGAUGGGCUGCGGCGUUUGUUCUACGAGCCGCGAUCUGGCCGAUCGAUCUGACCAAUUUUCGAAAUACGAGCACAUCCAAUGAUGACACCGUGCAUGAUGCUAUAUUCGCGGCAAGAGCCGUCAUCUCUAGCUUACAACCUGAUCGAAUCGAGUUCUCGGUUCUGGAAACCUUGAUUCUCUGUCGACCCGAAAUCGCUGAAACAAUGAAUGGCAUUCGUUUAACAUCACGAGCAAUGGACACCGCGGUGGAAAUUCUGGCUCGGCAUCUUGCUGGUAAAACUGAAUCAUCAGUCAGAGUGGCCAAACUUAUGCUCGUUCUUCCUAUUUUGACUGCUUCCUGUCCCCGGAAAUUAGCCAACGAUCUUUUUGCACCUAUUAUUGGAGACAUUGAUCUUGAAAAAAUAAUCGCGUCUGUGCGUUGAUUCUAUUUCUUUUUUUCUUUCAUAGAAAUCUAGUCAUAAUUAUAUAACUAUUUUUCUUAAUUUUUUUCUUUUUGAACUUUAUCGUAUAUCGCGAAUAUCUUAAUCGAAUACAAUUUUGAUGUAAUGUUCUCGAUGUAUUCACUCAUCAUUAUUGAAAUAAU